UAGUCAACCCCUUCUGGUUCUGCAACUGUUGACUUGCAUCUCCGCAAUUCCGUAAACAAACAGAUAUGCGUUCUUGUUCGAUUGCCAAUUUCCUCUUCGUUUUACUACUCUUACUCACUUCUCUUUCUCUUGGUACACCCCAUGGCGCUCCUGAUCAAACCCACUACGCAAAAGAGCUUCUGAGCGCAGCCCAGCAGGAUAAAAACUGGUUAAUCUCCAUAAGAAGGCAAAUCCAUGAAAACCCAGAACUCAAAUUCCAAGAGCACAACACCAGCGCUCUUCUGCGCAGAGAACUCGAUCGGCUCGGCAUCCCUUACAACUACCCAAUUGCCCAAACCGGAAUUGUUGCAGAAAUCGGGUCCGGUUCGGGCCCCGUUGUUGCUCUUCGAGCCGACAUGGACGCCCUGCCGUUGCAAGAGCUUGUGGAGUGGGAGCACAAGAGUAAGGUUGAUGGGAAAAUGCACGGCUGUGGACAUGAUGCUCACACCACCAUGCUUCUUGGCGCUGCUAAGUUGCUUAGUCAACGAAAAGAUAAACUUAAGGGAACUGUGAGACUUCUUUUUCAACCUGGUGAGGAGGGAGGUGCCGGCGCCUCCAAAAUGAUAAAAGGAGGUGCUCUUGGUGAAGCUGAAGCGAUAUUUGGGAUGCAUGUUGAUUAUACAAUACCCACAGGAACUGUAGCAUCGAUUGCAGGACCGCUCUUAGCUGCUGUUUCCAUGUUUGAAGCCAAAAUAGUCGGGAUAGGCGGGCAUGCUGCAGAACCCCACAAUACUGCUGAUCCAAUACUUGCUGCCUCAUUUGCAAUUUUGGCGUUGCAACAGCUCAUCUCAAGAGAAACUGAUCCCCUCCAUAGCCAAGUCCUAUCUGUUACUUAUGUUAGAGGUGGGACUGCAUCGAAUGUAAUUCCAUCGUAUGUUGUAUUUGGGGGCACUUUGAGGAGUCUUACAACUGAAGGCUUGUACUUACUCAGGAGGCGAUUGAAAGAGGUUAUUGAAGGACAGGCAGCCGUGCAUAGAUGUAACGCAUAUGUUGACACGAAAGAUGAAGAAUACCCACCAUUGCCUGCUGUUGUCAACGAUGAAAGCUUGCAUAUGCAGGCACAGAGGGUUGGAAAACUUUUGCUUGGUCCCGAGAAUGUGAAGUUGUGCGAGAAAGUGAUGGCAGGUGAAGACUUUGCCUUCUAUCAGCAGUUUAUUCCUGGAAUCAUGCUUAGCAUUGGAAUUGGAAAUGAGGAAGUGGGUUCAGUUCACUCGCCGCACUCGCCUUACUUCUUUCUUGAUGAGGAUGUGCUUCCGAUUGGGGCAGCAUUACACGCUGCCUUGGCGGAGAGUUAUUUGGACGAGCACCAACAUUCUGUACACGCUGAAAUUUAAGUGCGAUUGGAGAAGCCUUGAUGGUUGCAUACUGUCAUGGAGAAAUUUAUAAAUAACAUAAAAGAAAUAACUUUUGUGAAAUGUGAAUGUGCAAAUAGUUUGUAACUUGCUUAGUUAAUUAAGAAUUUGACCUUACAUUCGAA